AUGCGAGUUGCUGGUAGCAGUAAUGGUAUUGGUAGUGGUAAUGGUGAUGGAAAUUUUAAUGGUAAUGUUAUUGAUAAUGGUACUGGUAAUGGUAAAGGCAAUGGUUAUGUUAGUAGUACUGGUAGUUGUAAUGGUAAUGGUAGUGAUAAUGGUAAUGGUGACGACAAUGGUAAUGGCAAUGUCACUGAAAAUGGCUAUGACCAUUUUAGUGGUAAUGGGAAUCUUAUUCGUAAUGGUAAUGGUAAUGAUAAAGGUGAUGGUAAUGAUAAUGAUAGUGGUAAGGGCAAUAUAAAAAUAAUGCACCUAAAUGUGCCAAGUCGACUCCUAAGCGCAAAAGGCUCUUGGGAGCCACUUUGUCCAUCUCUGCUCUACACCGAUUGUUCAGAGAUGGAUAAACACGUUAGCGAUAUUCUUUAUUCGGACGGCCGGAUGGCUGCAGUGCCUUUCAAGCCGAUAUCUUUACAUUGUCUACUAUGGAAUAGUACGCCAAAAACGACAAAACCCCCAGCAAAUGCUAUGGUGGGACCAAUGAAAAAUCUUUAA